AUGGCGACAAUUUCAAAGUGUGGUAGCACAUCCUUUUUAUCUGGUAGCACAAUAGAAGGCGGUAGUUAUUCGCGCCAUCUUGCCCAACAACCAAUGCAAGAUCUCGAUUUAAUGCUAGUUGCAGCAACGAUAAAGUCUUCUGAUUGUAUUCUCAAACUCGAAAGUGUACCUGGAUUCGUUCAAAUAAAAUACGAUGAAAGAUAUAUCAAAGUACACACAACAGCACCAUUCUCUACCAAACUAAAUCGUGAUGGAGUAUUAUGCAUCAAUGGUUUCAAAAUGAAAGAGAAGUACUCUGGUAUCGAUAAAUGUGCAUUAUUUCCAAGAUCAACAAUCACGUCGAUCGGUGUGACAACUACCGUAUCAGCAAGUACUGAAGUGAAAUAUAAGAGUGUUUUCGAGACUACGUCACUUGGUGAACAAUUCGAAGCGAUACUGAGCUUCAUACAACGAAUGCGUGUACAAGAAAAUGUCGAACAAUUCCAAUCGAAAUACAUCACAAUUUGUGAUACGCUACGAAAAACAAUAUCGAAAAAUGUAUUACCUUCAAUUGGUCUCAUUGCUGAUGCAGAACGCUUUGAUGAACGAAUGUUUCAGAACAUAAUUAGCUUAACAUUUCCUAUGUAUUAUAUACAAAUGCCAGAAGUGAAUAAAGUACGAUCGAAUACUGUACUUGAAUUCUAUGAAAAAUAUAAGUAUCUUGGAAAUGCAUCUAUGUUGGAAGAUUUUAUCGAGUACGGACUAUUGUCAAUGAAUUAUGAUUCCGAUGUAGUACCAGCUUUGAAACUUGAGUUUUGGCCAGAUGAUAUGCAAGUAUUUCUGAAUAGAAUUCGAAAUACUCGACCCAAUUUAUACGAACUUAUUCAAGAGCAAGCAUCCAUGCAUCUCAUACCGAAAUGGUCGGGUAAAACACCGGAUAUUGACCAAGAAGUCGAAUUUCGAUAUUCAUUUUCAGCAAUUGAAAUACUAUUAGCUAAGAAUCGUACGCGAGCAGAAAAAAUUCUGAAUGGUGUUGCACGAAGUAUUUAUUAUCGAUAUCUAAAAAACGAACCGUGCCUCGAAGAUCACACAAAAACUAUCCUACCAUCCUAUUUCAUCAAAACAACAGUCUUAUGGAUGUGUGAACUGAAAAAUCUAGAUGAUCUAUGUUCAGGUGUGGACGAUGAUCAAAUCAUUGCCAAUAUCAUGGCUCGAGAAUGGCUACACUAUGCCGUAUCAUUAUUAUGUACUGGUUGUUGUCGACAUUAUUUCAUCGACAAUUUAAAUUUACUAGAAAUGUGUUCAUCGGCAUCUUUAAAUCGAGUCGCUUCUAUUCUUGAACAUGAGGUUCGUUUAAAUGAGGAUAUCAAAAUCGAUAUAUUAAUUAAACAGGACGAAUUUAUGAGUAAAAAAAAGCAGGCAACGGAAAAUUGGUUAGGAAGUAUGAAAGUGAAAGAUAUUUUAGCUGCAGUAAAUGAUUAUCGAAUGUUACGAGAAGAUUGGCUUAUUCCACCCGAAGAAAAUCCAGAUGAGGGCGAUGUGCCAAGUUUUCUGCAUACAUUAAGUCAACUACGAGCGCUUGACGGUGAUAAACAACAGAACUGGAACACAUUUCAGCGUCUGUUCUUGAUGACUGAUCAGAAAAAUUGGUUGCCACCAAUUUGGGAUGAACAAGUAGCUGAAUGUUCUGUGUGUGAUUUUGUUGAUGGUCUUAUCUCAUUAGGUUCAUUAAUGAAAAACAUUCAAGAGGGUAUGGAGAAAUCAGACUUUGAACAAACUAUAGCUUUAAAUAUCCAUGAAACGGAAUUAUUCCCUGCGCAAAAUAUUCUCAACGAUCUCAUUCAACCCGAUGAUAUUGUUCAAAAUGGUCUUAUGACAUCUUGGUUACCCAUGUUUACCAGCUCCUAUUUCAAUGCAUCAUCAACAGAUAUACCAUCGAUUCGACAACGUUCAGUUAUCGCCAAUCACCCUACUGGACCAUUUCAAAAUAUUCUACAAGGUCGUACAUGUCCGACACCCUUAAAUCCUCAAACAAGACAAACGUAUAUAGAAUAUACUCACAGUGUGUCAUAUAAAUUCCUGGACCUACUCAGUGCAGCUCCAAAUAUCGAUAUGACAUUGGAAGAUCUAGUCAAAUAUUAUGAUCGACCAAAGAAAACAAUCGAACCGGUGACAACAUCAUUCAUCGACGAGCAAAUCGCCUCACACGCAACUAAUCCUUCUUCUGUCAACAAAGAAAGUGUUACUUUAAUUGUUUUCGAUCCCAAUCGUACUAUAAAAGAUAUGACAGAUGAUUUAUAUCGUAAUAUAAAUGAUUAUGUACUGUUCUAUGCUGUGAAGUCUCAAUUACUUACCUAUGUACAAUCAAUCAGUGACGAAUCUAUUUUCUUAAUUCUUUGCCAAUCUUUUUUCGACGAGAAUUUUCUAUCUAAAUUACAGAAUUUAAACCAAGUUCAUUUCAUAUUCAUCUAUUCUCCGCAACUAGAGAUCGACGAUCAGCUCAAGAAUAAAUAUUCUAAACUAAUCAAUAUCUUUACUGAGCAAACAGUAUUAUUUGAGCAUGUACAGACAUACAUAGAAAAAUCAUUCGCGUUACAAUUUGGAUUUUAUGACCCACAGCAGAUAUUGACAACGCAUACAAACUUAUCAAAAGAAAAUGCUAUAUUUUUCUGGAAUUUACUAUUGCGUGAUCUAUUGAUGACAGAACAGUUAAACGAUAAAAGUUCGAUUGUUCAAGACUGUCGAGAAUAUUAUUGUCAAAAUAUUGUAGAGAUGGAAAAUAUAGAACGAUUUGACAAGACAUAUGAAUCUAAAAAUGUCCACGAAUGGUAUUUGAAACCUUGUUUUAUUUCCAAACUCCUUGCCAAAGCAUUUCAUUCGACUGACAUAGAACGAUUGAAAUCAUUCAACUUUUUUAUCAACGAUCUCUGUUCAACUAUCGAAGACACAACUACCACAGAACAACUCUAUUAUACUACUAUAGUACAAAAAAUUCAAUUCGUAAAAUUAUUGGAAAAUAUUGGUCAACUGAUGACUUUCAGUGGAUUUUUACUAACAAAUCGUUCAUUUGAAGAGAUCAUACAAUACCAAAACGAUUCAUACGUAACAGUUGUUUUUGAAAUAGCCAAUAUUUCUAUAUCUGCUGUUCAUAUGGUCGACUCGACUCGAGUAAUGAUCAAUUUAGGAGCUACAUUUAAACUGGUAUCACUUGAUUUUGAUGAUAAAUUGAGAGUGUGGAUAGCUCGCUUAAUGUUUAACCAUGAUGAAUUACAAAUCUCACAGAAUUAUAUCGCUAUACAACGACAGGUUAUGGAGCGAAUGACUUUACCGAUUAUAAUGGGUGUUUUACUAUUGAAAAUCAGUAAUGUCUCGACGGUAAAAAAAUACUUUGAUAAUUUGACAAGCGAAGACGAAGCUCUCAUCUAUUUUUAUAAUGGAAUUAUACGCCAUGGAAAAGGUGAAUAUGAAUUAGCAUUGACUGAUUUUCAAAUAGCCUACGAACUGAUGCUCAGUGACGGACGGAUACAAGAUAGUACUUUAGUCUUACAUGAUAUUGGCUAUGUUUAUGAUAUGAAAAAAGAAUUCGACGAUGCUUUAGAAAGUCAUCGAAAAGCUUUAGAAAUCAGACAAGAUCAUUUGCAGGCGAAUGAUGUACUUAUAGGUAUCAGUUUGUAUAAUAUUGGUCGUACGCUCGUAAGCAUGGGGGAUGAUAGUCAAGCAUUGAGUUAUCAUCAAAAUGCCUUGAUGAUAUUUGAACAUACACUAGAACAAAACCAUAUGCUCAUCGCACAAAGUUUUCACAGUCAUGGAGUUGUAUAUUUUAAUAUUGGCAACUAUCCACAAGCAUUGCAUUACUAUACAAGAGCAUUAGAACUGUACGAAAAGAUCGUGCCUCGCAAUGAACAUUGUAUUCUGAUGGUGAAACAAACACUAGAGAUAAUUCAGGAACUUCCUGUAGAACAUAACAUGAUUGAAUAA